AUGCCAGUGUGUCUACCAGACAAGGCAAGAGAUUCGUCAUACAUCCGUGCUCAACAAAACGGCAUCGUCACUGGAUGGGGUCGUGUCAAUUCGACAGUCAGCAGAUCUAGAUUUUUACGUAAAGGCGACGCCAGGCUAAAAUCUCUCCGUGUUUGUCAAAUAAAGCAUCAAGGUUACCAAAUAACUGAGAACACGAUGUGUGCUACUGAUUACAACAGCGCCUGUGAAGGAGACAGUGGCGGACCUCUGGUGGUAAAGAACAGAAACUUUAGAGGUCGCUAUGUGUUGGCAGGAGUUGUAAGUUGGGAAUUGGUUGUGGCGAAAAGACAAAGUUUGGAGUUUACACAGAUGUGA